AGAUGUCGAGGUGUCAACAGGCAGCGCGGCCAAUUGCGCUGUGCCUGCGACCACGAAGUUCAGCACAAAUAGCUGGGCCGUCUAUUUCUACGGCGGCGGCACGCUUGUUCUCAAACUCGGCGAGUCGCCCAGACGGCGAAACAACGACAUCCUCACCGAACGAAACCGCACGGCGCGAGCUGACUGCGCAAUUGCUCGACCCCAAUACUACAACCUUACCGUGGGCGGAGAAAAAGCUACAGAGGAAGGGCAUAGAGCCCAUAGGGUCGAGACGAAGGAGAGCUGCGGUCCGCCAGACGCCGAAUAUUCCCUUCGAGCAGCUACCGUACCACUGUUUCCAGGAGGCACGGAAGAUCUUGGCCAAGGACCGUGCCGAAAAGCUCGAGGAGAUCAAGAGGGCUCAUCUUAGGGCCAAGACAAUAGAAGCCACGCCGGUGAAGGUCUACAGGGGCGGGGAGACGUUCAAGAACAAGAGGUUGGACUCGUUGCAAAGGCAUGUGGAGGCUCUGAAGAUCCAGGCCGACAUCAAUGACCCCGCUGUGAAGAGGAAGUGGGAAGACGGGGUUGCCGACAUGAGCAAACCAAUCUAUCGCUAUUUAAACGAACAGAGGUGGCGCGAUAUGGCCUACAAGAUCUUGGUCCAGCGUGUGCAGCAAUUCCACAUCACCCCUGACGUUUUGCCAAAGUUCGAUCCGAAGAUGGACGUCCAACUCUCCUUCCACGGCUACCGUAUUCGGCCGGGUGAAAUUGUCGACUCGCUAGUGUCCGAAGCCCCGCCCAACGUACGUGUUCAGGUUUUCGACUCCAAGCAGCGACUCGUGUCCGUUGUGGUGAUGGACAGUGACGUCCCGGACGCAGAGACCGACUCCUUUGGCCGCCGUCUACACUUUAUGGCAGCCAAUAUCCCAGUCGACUGCCUCACCAAAAACAUCUCCCUCAUUCGCGUCAGCAAAGACCAAGACAAGCUCGCCGUGCCCUGGCUCCCACCAUUCAGCCAGGAGGGUGCGCCCUACCACCGACUAUCAGUAUGGAUCCUGGAGCAGCACGAGGGCGCGGAGCUGGACGUGGCAAAGCUGCGCGAGGAAUACUCCAACAACCGUGAUGGGUUCUCACUGCGGUCGUUCAAAUCGGAGCAGAAUGUGCGGCCGUACGGUUUUAAUAUGUUCCGCACGAUCUGGGACGAGGGCACUAAGGCGGUCAUGCAAAGACACGGUAUCCCUGGUGCCGACAUUGUCUUCAGGAGACAGCGCGUGCACAGUCUCAAGUCGCCAAAGAAGGCACGCGGUUGGGAGGCGAAGAGACAGGGCCCCAAGUACAGGCACCUUUGGAAGUACACCAAGAACAUCGCGAGGAAUCGUGGUGGCACGUAGGCGGGCUGAGAUGUUGGCAGUGGUGUGUCUCCAGCUCUCCCAGUUCUUGAUAGAUAUCUGCAGAAUAUCAUGUCAC